AUGCCGAAUCUCAGAAACUCGGAGGCAGAUCCCUCUCGUAGGGGCCAGUCUCCAUCUGGACCCGUCCCUUCCGCCUACCACUACUACCCAAGCAGCCAUAUGAUGUUCAAGUGGCUUGGAGGUAUCCACGAUGUGUUGGCUGGGAGCGACGCAAUCACCAAGCUGUUUCCGGCAUACAACACCAUUCUGUCCAGGGCUUACUACUCUGUCCUCUGGUUCAUUCAAGUGCUUAGAGCCAAGGCCGCGGCCCACACUCUAACUCGGAAGGAGACUCAGUUUCUUCAGCGUUUCGAACGGGCUUUCCUCUGGGAAUAUCUGCCCAUUGCUGGACCCCUCAAGCCGUUCUUCAUGUCGUUGGGCGCUGUCAAGCCAGAUGAUACCUUGUCAUGGCUAUAUCCGAUCCUUCCCAUCCAGCUAGGGCCAUCUCGCGCCAGUGAUCUUUCAGUGAUCUCAGAGCACAACGCCCUGUUGCCCUGUUUCCCUGGAAUCAUUUCCAUGUUCCACGCGAUCAAGGACCACACCAGUUUGGCGACAUCCUUCUCUGACGAUAUCUUUGUUCCAUCAGACGUAAGCACUGGAGGCUGGACCUUCCAAGGCCAUCUCUUCCCGCCUCCCACUGCCAGGACCCAUGUCGAGAAGGCCUACUUCUGGCUCCCAGGAAUCAACAAGGCUCCUGAGCAAACCACCUCUGCUCUUGCUCGCACCCAGUCGAACUUGGAGCGUUGCUCCAACAUUCCGAUCAUCACGGCCGAUACAAGGUUGGCCACCAUCGACGAGUACCUGCUGAUGACCGACGACAUGAGUUGGUUCCAACACCUCAUCACCAACGCCUUCUUCGAGUCGACCUUCUUCAAGGACUCGACUGUUCUGUCCAAGAUUUCGCCAGUAGCUACCCUGCAGACCGUCAUUGCUGGAGCUUUCCCGGUUGUUGAACUUACGGAUAUCCCCGAUAUGCCAGGUGUUUGGUACUCUAGGAGCUUGAUCCCUUUGAGGACUCAAAAACAGCCCAUUUGCACCAUGACUACGGACAACGAUUGCCCAGUUGGCAUCAAUACCAUGCUCAGCCUGACACUGUCUCCCAACACGUCUAGUUCCGGUGGAACUGAUUUGCAGGAUCAUCGUUUCGGGAAUGAUGUUGAGAGCACUGAUCGAGAGGAAGACGAAGACCCUAUUCCCCGGCCGCUUUACGAUGAUUUUAUCAGCUCGGUCAUUCUGACGCAUUACCAAAAGGUUAAGGACGAUAAGGCUAACUGA